GUUGGCUAGCACAGACUUGGCCGGGCUGGCCUUGCUCCCGUUUCCGUGGCCUGCGCGUCACUGUGCGUUGUGCGUGCCUCGGUUGUCGAGACGUGCUUCUUCCUUUUCUUCUUUUCUUUUCCCUCCAGCCUCCAGCCAGCAUCUUUCCUUUCUUCUUUUCUCCUCGACCCACAGCUGGCCGCUGGACAUCAGACGCUAAUCCUAACCGCCAAGUCCUGGUCCAGGCUAUGACGCGCUUGUGUUCGUAAGCCGGAUCCUGUUGACUUCUUGUUCCAACCAGAGCCGGCCUUUUUACAUAAGCUGCAUCGUUACGGCCUUCGCCAGCUCGCUGUCCAUAAUCGACCACCCUCUCCGUGAUCUAAAUUCGCACUCAUUACUUGACACUGCCGUUGGCCGAUACCACAUUGCCGUUUUGGGGCAGUUGCAAGGUUGCAAACGACCCCAGACGCAGCACACAAGCUCUGGCCGGCUGUUCCGAUUUGGACAACCAGCUGCCGAACAGGGUGAUGUUUUAAUAUACUGCAGCCAAUCACCGUCUCUUAUAAUCGGGACCGCCCUUGAGGGCAUCCUGAAGCUCCCUGUCAGCCUCAUCUCCACGCCGAGACAAGACAGUUAGUCCGCAAGGGCCUGGAGCGGAUCCUGGCACUUUCUUGACUGCUCGGGCUAGCAGAAGGGUAUCAACGCACCCAAACACCUUUACGUGGACAGGAAACGGGUAUCUGGUCCGACACCUCUACAUCCGUCGAAAUGUACGAGGCAGGGUUUCUGUACGGGAUCCCGCACCGCUUCCCGUACCGAGAAGCCCGCGAUGGCUACUGGGGCGAGCAAACGUCCACCCUGAACUGGUGCGAGGAGGACUACAAUUUUACUCACUACAUCGCUGAGUUCGUCAACACGUUUAGCAACCUGAUCUUCAUGUGGUUGGGCGCAAAGGGUAUCUGGAACUGUGUCACGUAUGGUCACUCCCGUGUCCUCACUUUCGGCUUUAUUGGCUACAUCAUAGUUGGCCUGGGGUCCAUGGCCUUUCACGCCACUUUGAAAUACUCGAUGCAGCUCGCCGAUGAGCUGCCCAUGAUUUAUACGACAUGUAUAAUGGGGUUUGCUACCUUUGCCUAUGGCAAGGGGCGGAUGUUCCGAUUAUGGCUUGGCUCGGCCCUGGCCGGCCUCGCCGCCUUUAUCACCAUAUACUAUCAUAUCACCAAAAACCCUGUCUUCCACCAGGUUGCCUACGCCAGCUUGAUGAUAGCCCUCGUAGUCAGGGGUUACUUCGUGACAAAGGGGGAGAUGGAGCCGGCGCUUCGCCGGAGGAGUCCCUUGAAGGCCGACAAGAUCAUGGGACAGAUGAAUGCUCUUGUACUCACGGGCGUCUCGCUGUUUCUGAUUGGUUUCGCCCUCUGGAACUUGGACAACAUCUACUGCCACCAUCUCAUAUCGUGGAGGUCGCGGAUUCUACUCCCUUGGUCCAUCGUCCUGGAAGGCCAUAGCUGGUGGCAUUUGUUCACAGGCCUAGGUGCUUACAACCUCAUCGUCUGGAGAAUUCUGCUCGAAACCUGCCUGAACGGAAAGGAGAACGACUUUAUGCUGCAGCGCACGACGUUUCUCGCUGUGCCCGAGGUUGUUCCCGUAUCGGAACAAGCCGGUAUUGCUAACAAGAAGAGGGUAUAACUGGGAGGGAAUCCUUGAGGGGCGGGCGUAGAUGUCAAAUUCGAUAUUAACUUGGGAAGCAUCUGCGUGGUGAGCUGCUAUCUCGAGAGCUGGAGGGAGGGUGGGCCAAGGACAAGGAGCAUGGAGUGUGGUAACAAAUCUAGGUUGAAUCUGCUGCCCAGUCAAAUUAUGUUUAUGAGGAGGCUGGUUGCACAUUGUCCCUUUCGAAACUGGCUCAGGGAAUUCCUUGCCUACUUUUGCUGUACAGAGUAACGGUGGCUGGAUGCAUGCACGGAUAUUUGCUGGGAUGGUAGCGCGGGUAGGGUGGUGGUGGUGGUGGUCGGGCCAAAAUAGCAUCCCACAGAGAGGAACAGUAAUCAGCAAUGCGGGGCUGUUUUGGGAAUUUUGAGCUUGCCAUCAGCACGCCCCACGACGACGCAAGUAACAAAGACGAGCGCUGGACAGCACCAACCCGGCCUGAUACACUCACUCGGUUGCAUCACUGCCCUCUUCGGAUCCUGACUCCAGCCUUGAGCCUCGGGUCCAAUCCUUCAGGCACGCGUGCUUUGCCACAGACCACUGGAGACUCCACAGGCAACACAAACGCACCUCCCAACGCGGGUCACGGCAAGAUGUCGAUAUCAAAUGAGGCUCUGCAAAAGUUGAUCCAAGAGAUUGAGCUCAAGUCGAUCCAGGCGCAGCAGCAGAUCACCAUGGUCCGGAGCCAGCAGGCGGCCAGGCAGCGCGAGAUGCGGCUCGCCCAGCUGACCCGGAGCGAGAUCUCGUCGCUGCCAACCGGCACACCCGUUUACGAGGGGCUGGGCAAAAUGUUUGUGUCAAUCCCUGUCUCGGCUAUGAAUGACAAGCUUGGCAAGCAGGUCAAGGACCUCGAGACGGACAUUGAGGGCCUGGGCAAGCGGCUUCACUACCUGGAGACGACGGCGAAGAACAGCCAAAGCAACAUCGACAAGAUCCUGCGUCGUGGCGAUGCCUGAGGUGGACCUGCGGGUGUACAACAGCGUGUGCGUCGAGGCUGUGCGAGCGAGCGUGCGAGCAGCGCCCUGUCCGAACCCACCCCGCCAGCUGCAACCCACCAAGCAGACGCGUGCCGAGUGCCGAAACUUGUCGGUUGCCGGUGGCUUCUUCCCUAUCCAUGUGCAUAUCCUAGCCGCCGUUGUUCCUCCAAACCUGGGAGCUGAAGAAGCCGCCCCAUAUCCAGAGAGGCUCCUGUCUUAAAAAUAAAAGCACGCGACCCUGGAAUGUUCGAGCGGUGGGGAUAUCGUGACAAGGAAGCUUUUACCGUUGUUGGAUCGGGGGAGCUCGAGG